UCUUUUGCGUAACCGCGCUCCCCAUCACAGUGAACGCACACGUCAUCGCGUUACCGCCUCCCUGGCUGCUGUUGGGUUGUUAGGUUAUUGGUACAGUCUGGUACAGACAUGGCCGCUCUCAGUAAAAUACCGCACAGUUGCUACGAGAUCGGUCAUACAUGGGACCCGUCAUGUGUGCAGUCUGCUGUGGACGUAGCCAGGGGCGCUCUGGAGGUCUCCUUCAAAAUAUACGCCCCUCUUUACCUGAUAGCAGCAGUUCUAAGGAGAAGGAAGAAGGAUUACUAUAUGAAGAAGAUCGUCCCAGAGAUCCUGUGGUCUACCUCUUUCCUCACUGCCAAUGGAGGUCUCUACAUUGUUUUCUUUUGCAUUCUCCGGAAACUGUUGGGAGGGUUCAACUCCUGGUCUGCCGGCUUUGGCUCGGCACUGCCUGCCUCCUAUAUUGCCAUCCUCCUGGAGCGCAAGAGCAGGAGAGGGCUGCUGACAAUAUACAUGGCAAAUCUUGCCACUGAGACUUUGUUCCGCAUGGCAGUGACACGAGGCAUCGUCAAACCCAUCAGACACGGCGAGGUGCUCUUGUUCUGCAUAACUGCAUCGCUCUACAUGUUCUUCUUCAGGAGUAAAGAUGGUCUCAAAGGCUUUGCGUUCUCUGCAUUAAAGUUCAUCAUCGGGAAAGAAGAGAUUCCAACUCACUCCAUCAUGGCAGAACAGACCUACACAAGGCCACUUGAGAGGACGGCUGCUGUAGAGACCGAGGAUGCACAGGUGUCAGCAGAAAGGCCCGACUCCAGGAGGAAAACUCUGUUGGCCUACACCAGGGAACUGAUAGAAUCAAUAUGCAAAAAGGGUCCAAGACACAGAUGUUGUAAACAUUACCAAGACAACUGCAUUUCCUACUGUGUGAAAGGUUUUGUCAGGAUGUUCAGUGUCGGCUACCUGAUUCAGUGUUGUCUUAAAGUGCCUUCAGUGUUCAGGCACAUGUUUACUAAACCAUCACGGCUCCCAUCCCUGUUCUACAACAAGGAGAACUUCCAGCUAGGGGCCUUUCUAGGAUCUUUCGUCAGUAUCUACAAGGGAACAAGCUGCUUGCUGCGCUGGCUGCGCAACAUCGAUGACGAACUCCAUGCACUGAUAGCCGGCUUCCUGGCUGGCAUGUCGAUGUUCUUCUACAAAAGCACGACAAUAUCCAUGUAUCUCUUCUCUAAGCUGGUGGAGACCCUGUACUUCAAGGGCAUUGAGGCCGGACGGUUCCCUUACUUUCCUCAUGCGGACACGGUCAUAUAUGCCAUCUCCACCGCUAUCUGUUUCCAAGCUGCUGUGAUGGAAGUACAGAACCUCCGACCCUCAUACUGGAAGUUCCUGCUGCGUUUAACGAAGGGCAGGUUUGCUCUGAUGAACCGACAGUUGCUAGAUGUGUUCGGGACUCAAGCCUCCAGGGACUUUAAAGGCUUUGUGCCCAAACUGGACCCUCGUUUUACCACGGUGCUUCCACCAGGAGCCGACAUCACACUUGGCUGACUUGGGACCAGGAUGUGGGCGGGUCUUUCAGGGUUACCUCAACAGGAAAUGGACAGUUUUGGCUGUUAUUUCUGAGUAACUUAAGGAUUUUUUUUUUUUUUUUUAAAAGCGUUUAUAACAGCUCAGAGGUGGUGAUGUCGUGUUAUGAGAUGGGAUAGGCUUUGGAGGAUGUAAGAGCCUAAAGCAGGGGCGCAAUGAGUGUCAAGUGUGGUGCUACACAACAAGCACAUUUACUAAUUGGGAUUGUAUGAAAACAGGUAACUGGUAAAAUAAAUGAAACAUUUAUAGAAGUAUUUUUAAGUCCUAAUGAAAGCCUUAACAGUACAAGAUAAAUACUACUAAUAAGAAAACCAUCUAUUUGCAUUUGGCAGGGUGACAUUAACCUGUUCUGUAAGGUAUAGUAGUGAGGUAGAUGACCUUAUAGGGUCAGUUCACCCAAAUCUCGAAUAAACAAAAAUCAGUUUAUUGGAACAUUUUAAAAAAUUCAUUUUGGCUGGAACAACAUUCCUUUUAUCCUUUCAAUCAUAACGUUUCUUCAUUUUAAAAGUUAACUGUAGGUUUGUACUAGCUGAACUUCGGUUAUUUGCAUGGUUGCGUUCACGCCAGAGUGUGAAGCCCAUUAAUUUUUUUCAAAUCGGCACUGUGAUACCUGAUUUUGUCUCUGAUUUAAGAGGAGAAAGUUUGUGAUCACUACUCCCUGAUAAUUUCUGAAAGUGUACUUUAUCAAUGGGUGCAACUGAUGUAAUUAUGUAGCCUUAUCAAAUAUUUUAUUCUAUAGCAGACGAUGGGAGAUGUAUUUAGAUUGUGAUCUAUGAUGUGAAACACAGAGGUGGAAAGUCACCAUUUUUAACUAGUUACUGAAAUUGAUUUUGUUACUGUUGAUUUUUAAAUGCAAUUGGGUUUUCCCAAAAUCUCAUUAGUGUGUUUUUAACUACACUUGACAAUAAUUAUUGGAAUGGAGUGAGUCACCACCUUUAUAGUUAAUUUGUUACAGGAAGCAGCAAGGACCAUGGCAACUUUGGAAAUUACUUCUGUGGAGAAGAUGUUGAAAAAUGAACAAAAUGGUUUGGUAAUAUAGCAGUUUACAAGACUAAUAUACAGUUUAUUAAGUGGUAAAAAUACCAAUAAUUUCAUAUUGAAGACACGUGAACUGGGAGUAAUUAUAGCUAAGGAAACAUUGUUUACUAGUAAAUCGCACUGAGACUAAUAUGAUUAAUUACACACAAUAAACCAGGUUAUUGGAUGAAAUCAUGUCGAGCACUAAAAUUAUUAUUUAAAAACCUGCAUUUACAGUUUGCCAGCAAUCACAUUUCUCCCGUUUUGUAUAUUGGUAUUUUAAGUGUUUUAAAAAUACAAUUAAAUAAAAAUCAAUUUAUUUUAUAUAGCGUCAAAUCAUAACAGAAGUUAUCUCAAGAUGUUUUUCAUAUAGGGCAGGUCUAGACCGUACUCUAUAAUGAAAACAUGAAGUCAUACAUUAAGCUACAGCUUGAAGAGGUUAGUUGGUCAGAGGUUGAUGGUGCAGUUUUUCCAUAUUGUGUGCAUAUUUCUAAAUUUUACUAAUGGCCUGCUUUUAACUGCAAACUUACUAAUUUAGACUUAAUCAUUUUAGUUUCAGAUUUGGUCUGACUAUAAUUAUUUUGGUUACAUUGAUGUACAGCUACAAAUAACGAUCUUUCCAUUACUCCCACCGCCCUGCUGACACAGCAGUACUUCCCCAGUCCUCAAAGUCUGGCACAUGAUGGCAGAUACUUAGUGUCUCUUCCACCUCUGGUUUACAGUAAAAUGCAUACAGUAUGUACCCUCCAUGUAGUGCAGAAACAAUUUCAAUGUCACGAGAAAGGGUUUGAUCAGAGAACGGGCUUCUAAGUUUAGAAACAGACUUUAAUUUACAAAUGCAUUACAUGAGCCAAGACUCUGUACCGUGAUGAAUUGCAAUGCUAGGGAGACUAAAUUUACAGAUCCAUAUAAUUCAAUGUCUGAUUUUAAUGACGAUUUGUAAAUUAUUCAAAGUUCUGAACCACAAAAUAUAUUGUGUACACAGAUUUCAAAAAGUCAUUACCAUAGUCAACCUGAUCCAUUUUUUAAAUUUCGUUUUCUGGAAUCGUUUGGGUUAGAAAAGACUGAUCUAUAUGACUGAAUAUUUAAUAUUUAAUAAUACAGGCCAACCCCAGAAUUAUUUGGAUCACAUGAGCUCAUAAAAUAUGGUGAUGGCUUUUUGCAUUUUAAUUAAUAUCCCCUGCCAGUUCCAAGGUGAACCCUGCUGAUUAAACUGCACAUUGAUUGAAACCUUGUUUACUGAGGAAUUUGGUGCCACAUUAAAGCCUGAAGGCGACAAAUAAUCUGUUUCUGUGAGUAAAAAGCACACAGCUCAAUACGCUUAUGUUUUCGAGUUUUGUUGCUGAGAGAUGAGGAUAUCUGCCAAAAUGAUAUUUUGAGUUUUAAAUAUUUCAUGUUCUCUGAAAAGUAUGCAUUACAUCUUUUAGUAAGUGAUGAGUACUCCCAGUGGUUCUGCAGUUAAUGAAAUAAUGGGAACGGUACUAUUGCAUUUCACACCAUUCAUCAUAACUUCAUUCUAGAUGUGAAAUAAUUAUAUAAUUAAACUAUCUUUUUGUUGACA